AUGAGUUACCGUCCAACUCUUUCAGCCACCAAUGAUGGUAGGCAAGGAACAAUUCUGGAUACUCUUGGGCUCAACAAACUCAAUUUCGAUACUUUGCAUCACGAUGUACGUCGUAACCUUACGAAAGUUGACCCAAGAUUAACGGAAGAUUUGAAAAACAUUACGCUUCUGUUGAAAGAGGAGAAAAACAUUUUGAGUAGCUUGCAGAAUGUUGCUCAUGAAAGGAGAGAAGUCAGCAAACAUAUUUUCGUUUGGGGAAAAGAAGAUAAUAGUGAAGAUAUUGCAGAUAUAACCGAAAAACUGGCAAAUCUAUUGGAGAAAAUAGCAGAUGCAGAGACAGUUUUAUGCGAAAAAUACGACCAUUAUCGCAAUCUACUCAAAGAAAUCCGGGAAGCAGAUCAACGUCUUCACACCCCGAAAGAACGGCGACGAAAAGUUAAUGAAGAAAUAUCCAGACUCAUGAAAUCGCAUCCGGGCUCGCCGCGAAUCCAAGAACUUCAGAACGAUCUUCAACGUAUAAACACAGUUUCGACGGUUGAUGAAUUAGAGGUCGGUAAUAUAAAAAGACAAAAGUUGAAGGAGGCACUCAUGAUACAGAUGAAUGCGAUUUUUGAGACUGCGGAAAAAAUUGCCAUAAUUACAGGUUUUGGGUUAUACCUUUUGGAAUAUAUUAAUACUACGCCGGCUAAAGUCGGAGAACCGAGGCCAAAAUAUGACUCUUUCAAUGCCACCCAAGAAGUAGUUAAAGAAUGUCAAAUAGCAUUACAUCGUUGGCAAUCACCAUCCACUGACAUCAAAGAGCUCUUACCAGCGCUAACAAACACCGCACCCGCACAACUAGCCGCCCAAAAACAAGAGUACGAGGAAAAAAUAGCUCAAAUACAAUCCACAAUGACUUCGCAACGACAAGCCUCCGACGACCAAAUCGCUGAACUCCUAAAAAAACUAGCAGACCAAAAAAAAACAUUCGAAGAUCAAAUAGUCGAACUGACCACGACAUUCGCAACACAGAAAGAAGCUUACGAAUCACAAAUUAAUGAUUUAUCGGACUCAGUAUCAACGCAAAAACAUUUUUACGAAGUGCAACUUAACGAUCUUGGAUCUGCCUUAGCGGCGCAACGAGAAGAAUCUGGAACGAAGAUUUCGGAACUCGAGUCAAAAAAUCAACAGUUCCAAAUGCAAAUUCAACAAUUUGAAGCAAAGAUUAGUGAACUGACGGCUGCUUUAAAUAGUGAAAAGGAAAAAAAUGAAACACAACUCAAAGAACAUAAUGUAAUUCUCUCGCAAAAGCAGGAGUAUGAGAUACAAAUUCGUGAAAAAGAUGCACUUAUUACUAAACUCCAAAAUGAGAUGAAUAGCGUUGCCACUGAAAAAGGAAAACUAUCACAAUUGGUAAAAGAUUUAGAGGAAACACUUAAAUCCAAAACAUCCACUUUAGAUCAAAAAGAGGAAAAAAUUGGGCGUCUCGAGGAUGAUAUCUCGAGUAUUAAAUCCCAACUUGCUGGACUCAAACUCACUCCUUCACCACCAAUACCUUCGAAUGAAGGUGCAGGUCCUUCGUCAAAUAGAUCAGCAGUAUCUGGAGCUGGACCAACAGCAGCAUCACCUCCACGAUCUUCUGCUAGUGUAGAUGUUGCUGCUGUUUCUACGGAACAACAAGAUGGAUUAUCCCGAGCACCGUCUGUCGCUCAACAUAUGGGACCUCCAUUUCAACAACAGCCGUUAUAUGUUGCGCCUGGUCCUGGAUAUCAACCACAAGGUGGUUAUGUUGGUCAAAAUGUCUCUCCGCUUCCAAAUCAAGCAGGCGGUUUUGUAGGAGGUUUCUUCCUUAAUGAACAAAUUGACGAAGCACCACCUGCUUAUGAUGGUCCUCCAAAAGAUGGUUUUCCGGGAGAUGAAAAGAGAAAUGAGAAAAGUUAA